CCUGUCAGAGCCAGAGUACCCAGCCUCCCAGCCUCUCUUCACCAUGGCAACAGUCUUCGCCAGCCGCUCCUCCAUGGGAGGCGGAUUCUCCAUGGGCUCGUCCCGCAUGUCCAUGUCUGGAGGGGGGAUGGGCGGAGGCUUCGGCGGAGGCCUCGGCGGAGGCCUCGGCGGCGGACGCAUGAUGAGGGCCGGCAGUGUGUACGGCGGCGCCGGCGGUUCCGGGGUGCGCAUCUCCAGCGCCUCCAGCCUGGGCUCAGCGGGCGGCUUCGGCGGCGGAGCCGGGUUCGGUGGCGGUGCCGGGUUCGGCGGUGGCGCUGGGUUCGGUGGCGGUGCCGGCGGAGGAUUCAGCAUGUCCAUGGGAGGGGAGGGCAGCGUCAUCGGCAACGAGAAGGGCACCAUGCAGAACCUCAACGACCGUCUGGCCACCUACCUGGCCAAGGUGCAGGCCCUGGAGAAGGCCAACGCCGAGCUGGAGCUGAAGAUCAGACUGUUCCUGGAGAGCAGGACGUCCCCUGCAGGACACGAGUACGGCGCCUUCAUGACCAGCAUCACUGACCUGCAGGUUAAGAUCCAGGGAGCCAUUCAGCUGAAGGGAUCAGUGCACUUGGCCAUUGACAAUGCCAGCCUCGCCAUGGACGACUUCAGAGUCAAGUACGAGACCGAGCUCACCAUGCGUCAGUCUGUGGAGGCGGACAUUGCUGGUCUGAAGAGGGUGCUGGACGAGCUCAACAUGACUAGGGCUGACCUGGCCAUGCAGAUCACUGGCCUGCAGGAGGAGCUCAUCUUCCUCAAGAAGAACCACGAGGAGGAACUUGUGAGCCUGCGCGCACAGAUGACCGGCCAGGUCCACGUGGAGGUGGACGCUGCUCCUCAGGAGGACCUCACCAAGGUCAUGGCCGACAUCCGCGAACACUACGAAGCCGUCUCCGCCAAGAACCAGAGGGACCUUGAGUCCUGGUUCCAGGCCAAGUCGGAGACGCUGAGCAAGGAAGUCAUGACGAGCACAGAGGUCCUUCAGACCAGCAGGACAGAGACCAACUCCAUCAAGAGCACAGUUCAGUCCCUGGAAAUCGAACUUCAGUCACUCAUGAGCAUGAAAGCGUCGUUGGAGGCCACACUGAUGGAGACGCAGUCACGCUUCUCUGGCAUGCUCUCGGGCUACCAGAUGCAGGUGGGCAGCCUGGAGGGUCAGCUCGUGCAGCUGCGCGCCGACCUCGAGCGCCAGGGGCAAGAGUACUCCAUGCUCCUGGACAUCAAGACCAGGCUGGAGAUGGAGAUCGCCGAGUACAGAAGACUGAUGGACGGAGGCGCAGUCGCAAGCGCGGGCGGAAGCUCAAGCAUCAGCAUCAGCACCAGCAGCAUAGGCGGCGGAGGCCUCAGUAUGAGCGGCGGAGGCCUCAGUCUGAGCGGCAGUAUGGUCGACUCAAGCAUGGGAUCCUCCAGCACCACCACCACCACCACCACCAAGGUCAUCACCGUCGUAGAGGAGCUGGUUGAUGGGAAGGUGGUGUCCUCCUCCUCAUCUGGGGUUUUGUAACCCACCCACGUCAAGCCCUCCUGGCAACAGCCGGUUCUGGGCCCAAACUGGCCCGACUGGCGUGGGGCCCACGGGUCCAGACCCAGGAAGAGCCUGAUGGCGUCCAGAACCAGCCUCUGUCAGGACCAACCAUAAUCACUUGUCUGACGGGAGAAUCUACUGUGUGUGUUUUUUUUAGCCCAGUCCCCUGAGAGCCUCCCCUCAGUAUGCUGGGCAAUAAAGAGGACAAGCUUAAAAGUA